CCCAAACCCAUCUGAAAUCUUCAUCACAAACAGCCUUGAGAAAUCCUAGCUAUCUAUAUCUCGUUUGGUUUGAAAAAAGAAAUAAUGGCUCUCUCCAAGAGCAUUCUCCUUCUUUCACUUCUUGCCCUGUCUCCGCUGUGCUUCUGUCAGCAAAGCAAUGGCGGCCUCUCCCCGCAAUUCUACGAUCACUCCUGCCCGAAAGUUCAAGAGAUCGUCAAGUCGGUUGUCGCAAAAGCAGUCGCCAAAGAAGCUCGAAUGGCUGCUUCAUUGCUGAGGCUCCAUUUCCAUGAUUGCUUUGUCAAGGGCUGUGAUGCAUCAAUACUGUUAGACAGCAGCGGAGGCAUAAUCAGCGAGAAGCGAGCGAACCCAAACCGCAACUCAGCACGAGGAUUCGAAGUCAUUGACGAGAUAAAAUCUGCAGUGGAGAAGGAAUGCCCACAAACCGUUUCUUGCGCUGAUAUCCUGACUCUUGCUGCUAGAGACUCUACCGUUCUGGCUGGGGGUCCUAGCUGGGAGGUUCCCUUGGGAAGAAGAGAUGCCAAAAGUGCUAGCUUAAGUGGCUCUAACAACAACAUUCCCGCACCAAACAAUACAUUCCAGACUAUUCUCACUAAGUUCAAGUUGAAGGGGCUGGACGUCGUCGAUCUCGUUGCCCUCUCUGGGAGUCACACCAUUGGAAAUGCUAGAUGCACCAGCUUCAGGCAAAGGCUGUACAACCAGACAGGCAAUGGACAGCCCGAUUACUCGCUGGACCAGUCAUAUGCGGCCCAACUGAAGACCCGUUGCCCGAGAUCCGGUGGUGACCAGAACCUCUUCUUCUUGGACUUUGUUAGCCCGACCAAAUUUGACAACAAUUACUACAAGAACAUUUUAGUUUCGAAGGGGCUGCUAAAUUCGGAUCAGGUCCUCUUAACAAAGAACGAAGCCUCCAUGGAUUUGGUGAAGAAAUACGCAGAGAAUAGCCAAAUUUUCUUCGAGCAAUUCGCUAAAUCCAUGGUUAAGAUGGGUAACAUCUCCCCCUUGACGGGAUCCCAAGGGGAGAUCAGGAAGAACUGCAGGAAGGUGAAUUAACAGUCUGAUUAAUUAGCUUAGCUUAGCUUAGCUAGGCUCAACUUAGGUCAACAACUUUCGCCUUUGGGAUUGAUUGUGGCUCAUAGACCUUAGACAGUAAUAAUAUAUUCACGUACUCCAUGUACGUGCGCCAUUUUGUUUUCACUCUUCAAAUUUCAAGUCUGUGAUUCCUAUUUCGUAGAUGAUGGUCUGCUAGCUGUGUUGUUAUUUGUUGAGUGUUAAUCCAUCGAAAAAAGGAUGGCCUUUUUGUCAUUGUAAGUUUGCGGAUUUUACUUCGGUCAAUGGAAGUAAAAGUAGUGCGUUUCAGCCGUUGUAAUUUGUAAA